AUGGGGCUCCUGGCAGCACUGGUCACUCUGGUUUGCAUCUUCGCUCCAGUGUGUGAAGCCGAGGGAUGCGGUGGGUUCAGACACCUGGAAAACGGGCAGACAUUCUUCCGCUACGGUGGCCUGCUGGUCAUCUUCCGCUGUCAUCCCGGUUACAAGCUGCAUGGAUACAAAACCAACAGCUGUGUGUCUGGACAUUGGUCCCGGGAACCUGCAGUGUGUGUCGGUUCUGGCUGCUCCAACCCGGGGACCCUCAUCCAUGGGACCAGCAGCAUGAAUGAAGACGGCUCCUGGGCAACGUUCAGCUGUAACAGUGGCUUUAGGUUACGCGGGCCCUCAAUGUUAUACUGUAAGGGCCACACCUGGAACAGCACAAAGCCUGUUUGCAAAGAGUCCGACAUGAUGAGAUCGAUUUCAGGUGUCACUGCACAAAAGUCGCACCAGAACCUCCAGGUUUCUGCAGCUCUAAAGAGCCAUCAGUAUUCCCACUACAACACCCUCACCAAUACAGCCUCUAAAGAAGCAGAUCUCAAAUUUGGCCUGUUGUCUCGAACACCAUCCAAAAUAUCCAGCAACGCCACUGACUUGAGCUCCUACUGGACUGAAAACUACAACCUCACGGUGAACACAACCUCCAAACCUUUAACGAUCCUCAGCAGACGACCUGUGUGUCCAUAUCCACCAGUACCUGCUCACGGGACCUUCUACUUCCGUAGUGUCGACAAUCCAGGUCCCAGAGAGUACAGACACUACAUCCAGUACGCCUGCUACCCCGGUUAUACACUGGCUUAUGGAGACGUACAGAGCUACUGCCAGCAGGGAGGCAGGUGGAGCGGAGUCACGCCUGUUUGUCUGGAGCUGAAACCAUGUUCAGUGAACAACGGAGGCUGUUCCCAGCUGUGCUCUCACUCCCAGCACUACAACCAGAGCUCCAACCAGAACCAGACCAGAACUUGGUGCCACUGCCGACCUGGGUUCACUCUACUGGAUGACGGGCGAACAUGUCGAGAUGUAGAUGAGUGUGUUGAGGAGCAACACCAGUGUCAGCAGAGAUGCAUCAACACCUUUGGUUCCUUUAAGUGCAGCUGUGAUGACGGAUACCAUCCAGCUCACGAUCAGACCUCCUGCACAGAUGUGGAUGAGUGCCUGCUGCCUGCAGCUGUCACAGGCUGUGUGUUCGGCUGCGUGAACACACCGGGGAGCUUCCACUGCCAGUGUCCUGCCGGCUACAGCCUCCAGACUGCAGACGGACACUGCCAAGAUAUAGAUGAGUGUGCUGUUGAUAAGGGGCUGGGGCCUUGCAUGGAGCAGUGCCACAAUUCACCAGGAUCCUACCGAUGCUCUUGCACGUACGGACGCAUCUUAGCUGGAGACGGACGGAGCUGCGUGUCAGAGUGUCCACCCGGAUACAGGAAACAACCAGCGGCGACGCCUGAGAAUUCAACUGCACAAACUCCAAAGGAGGAGUGCGUAGAUAUAAAUGAGUGCCAGGAGGAAACGUGUGAGGGGCAGUGUGUCAACCUGCCGGGAUCUCACCGCUGUAUCUGCCCCAGAGGAUUCACACUGCAGAGAGACGGGAGACGCUGCAGGGACAUUAAUGAGUGCAAUCGUAAGAAUGGAGGCUGUUCCCAUGUGUGUGUGAACCAGCGAGGUGGAUAUAAAUGUGCCUGCCCGGCCUCCCACCGCCUGUCGCCCUACAGCUGGAAGAAAUGUGUACCGAGGACAACAGCGAACACUGCUGGCUGA